AGCUGGUCCAUUCAGAAGAGACGAAAGAAGCUGCUGCGUACAGAAAAUGGCUGAUAGAUUUUCUAGGUUCAACGAGGAGCGUGAUUUCCAGGGGGGGAAUCACUUCGACCAGUAUGAAGAUGGCCAGCUGGAGUUGGAACAGGCGUCCCUGGACAAGCCCAUAGAAUCGGAUAACAUCGGGCACCGGCUGCUCCAGAAACAUGGCUGGAAGUUGGGGCAAGGACUGGGCAAAUCCAUGCAGGGACGCACCGACCCUGUGCCCAUCGUCCUCAAAUACGAUGUCAUGGGGAUGGGACGCAUGGAGAUGGAGCUGGACUAUGCCGAAGACGCUACAGAAAAGAGGAGAGUGCUGGAGGUGGAGAAGGAGGACACAGAAGAACUACGGCAGAAAUACAAGGACCAGGUGGAGAAGGAGAAGGCCAUUGCCAAGGCUCUGGAGGACCUGAGGGCCAACUUCUACUGUGAGCUCUGCGACAAACAGUACCAGAAGCACCAGGAGUUUGACAACCACAUCAACUCGUACGAUCACGCCCAUAAGCAGAGGCUGAAGGAGCUGAAACAGAGGGAGUUUGCGAGGAAUGUCUCCUCCCGUUCAAGGAAAGGUGGGAAGAAGCAGGAGAAGAUGCUGCGCAGGCUGCAUGAGCUGGCAGAGCAGAGGAAACAACAGAACCGAACACCAGGAAGUGGACCCAUGUUCAAACCCACCACGGUGGCAGUAGACGGGGAGAAGGCAGAGGACGGCAGCAUCGUGACCCCCGAGUGCCUCCCCCUGGCAGAGCCCGUCCUGGAGGGCUCCUCCGGGGAGGACCGCAGGGAGGACCGCAGCGAGCAGGCCUCCCCCAAACCAGCCCCCACCAUCAGCUUCUCUCUGGGGAAGAGCAGCUCGUCGCCGACGCCGCCCGGAGCCCCCAAGGUCAGCGUGUCUUUCUCCUUCGCCAAGAAAGCCCCGGUGAAGCUGGAGACGGUCGCCGCAUUGUUCACCGACCCCAGGGAGGAGAUCCUUGAGGGGGAGGAGGGCCAGGAGGAGGGGGAGAAGGCGGGGGGGCAGGACGAGACGUCGGGCUGCAGCACAGAGAGCUCCAAGGGGGGAGGGGGCAGUGUGACAGGGGCUGAGGAGGAGCAGCAGCAACAACUACAGCAACAACAACUACAGCAGCAGCAGCAGCAACAGCAGCAGCAGCAACAACAGCAGCAACAACAGCAGGAGGAGGAUGAUGGCGCUUCCCUGGCCUCCACCCUCAACAAGCUGAAGAUGAUGAUGAAGAAGGAGGAAGGCUACUCGGGGCAGGAGCCAGAGUACUACCACUACAUCCCGCCCGCCCACUGUCGCGUCAAGCCCCACUUCCAGUUCCUGCUGUUCAUGAAGGCCACCGACCAGUGUGAGAUCAAGGUGGAGGAGGAGGAGGAGGAAGGAGGAGAGGUGGAGGAGGAGGAGGAGGGGGAACAGGAGGAGAAAGAGAGGAAGCCCGAGGAGAACCCCGAACAGAAACGGACAAAAGCGAAAGACUGCAAAACUGAGACGGAGCCAGAGACGGCUGAUCCGAUGGAGGUGGCAGACCCUCCUCCCUCACCACCAUCAUCCAAAGACGAGACGAAAGAGUCGUCCCCUAGCUCCGCUGAGCCCCCUGCCCCAGCCGCCACCACCAGCCCCACACCUACUCCCACCCUCACCCCGGCAGCAGUGCCAGACAGCAAGCCAGAGACACCAGAGGCGAACCUGGGUCCUAAAAUCCCUUCAGGUCCUUUCUUUCCGGUCCUGAGCAAAGAUGAGAGCACCACCCUGCAGUGGCCCUCGGAGCUGUUAGAGUUCACCCGCGCCCCGCCCUCUCUCUCCUAUAGCUGCAACCCCCUCUACUUUGACUUCAAACUGUCCCGGAACAAAGGUGUUCGAGCCGGCCAGGCUGCCAAGUCCACCAAGCCCCCAGUAGACGCUUCUGAGAAGGGGCCCAAAGCAGAGGCCCCUGCCCCGACCAGCGAAGGGCCGGUCGCCUCCACCACCGCUGGGCCCAGCACCAACCCGGAGCCGCCCUCCUUAAAGGAGGCGGGGGGGGCCCAGGAGGAGGGGGCCGUUCAGAAGGGACAGUCCGGGGGCAAGGGAGAGAAGAAGAAGAAAAAGAAGAAGAAGAAGCAUAAGAAGUCUGGGAAACACUCCAAGCGCAAAGAGAAGGACAAAGGCGCCGCGGUGGAAGGGGAGGCGCCGGCCGACGCUCCCGGAGAGAAGACCAAGAAGAAGAAGAAACACAAACGAAAGAAGAGCAAGAAUAAAGUUUCGGGCCAGGAGGAGGAAAAGGGGCGGGGGGGGGAGAAGGAGAAGGAGAAGCAGGACGACAAAGGGGCCGCCCCCCCGGCUGCAGCGGUUGGAGCCACAUGGUCAGAGUCUGGGAAGAGGAAGAGACCUGCCAAGGAAGCCCAUCCCAAGCCAGGCCCGGAAGAGGGCGGCUCGGGGAAAGCCUCGGACAGCAAGGCCAACCCCUCGGAGGAGCACAACGGCACCAAGAGGCAGAAGACGGACCCCAGCGCCCCGCCCAGCGCCUCCUGCUCCUCCUCCGCCAGGAAGAGCCCCGGUCCCGGUCGACCCCCCAGCAGCGAGAGCGAGGAGGACGGAGGCUCGGCCUUGAAGCGUUCGCGCCAACGCAGGUCCAGCCCCCGGGAUCAGCAGCAGCAGCAGCGGCGGCACCACAGCCACAGCGAGGACUCUGGACGCUCCCGUAGUCACUCGUCCCGGAGGGGCGACCGGCGGGGCAGCAGCCGGCGGCGCCAGCACCGAGGCCAGGCGUCCCGCAGCCAAUCGUACUCCAGCAGCUCGGAGCGCUCGUCGGGGCGCAGCAGCGCCUACAGCCACCGCAGCCGCAGCUACUCGGACAGCUACAGCGACUUCAGCGACGGGGGUCGGCGCCGGCGACGCCGCCGCCACUCGAAGCGCUCCUCGGACUCGGAGUACGAGCGCCGGGGGGGGCGGCGGCACUCCAGGAGGCGGCACUCGUCCUCCUCGUCGUCGGAGGAGGACGACUCGCGCUCGCGCAGCCGCAGCCACGGCCGGCGGAAGAGGCGCCGCCGCGAGCGCCGCCGGAGCAGCUCCCGCAGCUCCAGCAGCAGGAGCCGCAGCAGCAGCGCCCGCUCCUGGAGGCGCAGCUACAGCCGCAGCCGCAGCUCGGCCAGCCGCUCCUCCAGCUCCAAGGGCUCCCCUCAGCGCCGCGGGGCCGCCCGCCGCGCCGACAGCGACACCCGCCGGCGGGACUUUAACCGCUCGCGCAUCUACCGCUCGCAGUCGCCCCGCUCGGCCGCGUCGCGAGCCCCCAACCGCAACAGCGUCUCCUCCAGCUCCCAGAGCCAGAGGGCCGGGGGUUCCCGUGGAGACGGAGGGGGGGAACACAGGAACUCCUUAAUUGCCCGCCAGCUGUUGGACAAGGUCCAGUCCAGGAAAGGCUCCGAUGAUGCUCCCUCUGGAAAGUCCGGCAAGGUCAAAGACCCCCCACAGGGCUACUUUGGGCCCAAACUACCCCCAUUGCUGGGCAACAAGAGCAUGCUGCCUUUGUUUGGGAAGCUCCAGGCAGGGAAGAGGCCUGCUAUCAUCCCCCUGACCAGACCAGACGACGGUGAGAAGUCAGGGGCAGGGAAAGGUUCUGAGGCUGGAGGAGAGGUGAUCCUGGUGGAGCCCAUUAGGGAGUUUCCUCCUCCGCCACCCCCACCCCCUCCACCAGUUCAGAAGGUCGAGGAGACCAUCCAGAAAACCAUAGCCCAGGAAGAGAUUCCCCACCCCACUCCCGAAUCCCAGUUACUUCAUGAGGCCAGGCCUCUGUUUGAGCAGGAGCCCUCCAUGAUGAUGGCUCCGUACCAGGGCGAGCCGGGACAAGACCCCUCCCAGAACCCCAUGAUGGACUCCCUCAUGGCUGACAUGCAGCAGCCUCCCAUGCACGCCUACCCCGGCUACCCCCCACCCAGCCUGGAGGACGAGGACAUGGGCAUGGAGGCUGAGGAGGACAGCCUGGCUCCCCUGGAGAGCCAGCCCAUCACCUUCACCCCGGAGGAGAUGGAGAAGUACGGCAAGCUGCAGCAGGCUGCCCAGCAGCACAUCCAGCAGCAGCUCCUAGCCAAGCAGGUCAAGAACUUCCCCGCGGCCGCAGCAGCGGCCGCAGCCGCCGCCGCAGCCGCCAACAUGGCCCCGGCGCCGCCUCCCCCGACCCUGCAGCAGAUCCACAUCCAGCAGCCCUCCGUGUCCGCGGCCUCGGCCACCUCCAUCACCACAGUACAGCACGCCAUCCUGCAGCACCACGCUGCCACUGCGGCGGCCAUGGGCAUCCACCCGCACCCCUCGCACCACCCUCACCACCCCCAGCUGGCCCAGGUUCACCACAUCCCCCAGCACCACCUCACCCCCAUCUCCCUGUCUCACCUGGGCCACUCGCUCGGACACUCGCUACAACACUCGCUCGGACACUCGCUACAGCACGCCGGCCUCAUCCCUGCCCACCACACGGCCUUCCUCUCCGGCCAGCCCAUACACAUCAUCCCUGCCUCAGCCCUCCACCACACCCCGUUAGCCCUCCACCACGUCCCACACGGCCUCUACCCCACCCUGUUCGCCCCCCGGCACAGCAACGCUGCUGCCGCCGCCGCUCUCCAGCUCCACCCCCUCCUCCACCCCAUCUUCUCAGGGCAAGACCUCCAGCACCCCCCCAACCAUGGCACCUGAGGAGAAGCUCUGUGAUGUGGGGGGGGGAGCACAGUGUGUCCACAUCAGCCUGCCAAGAGGGCGGGGGUUGGACCAAAACGGACCUGGAAUGAAGGUCUGAACUGGGCGGAGGAAGCAGUGAGGAUAAGGGAAAAGGAGUUCCACCAUUGUGCAGACUGUGGUGAGGAGAGAGUUAGCCAAACAUCUAAUUGGCCCUGGCACACUACCGGCACCUAUGAGGGCUUGUCUGUGCAGAUGUUUAUCACACUGAUUUCUUUAGGCUGUGAAGUUAAGGGACUUUUUCUAUGGAGCCCAUGGCUGACCUUGUGCCCUGGGGUUUUUGGACAGGGUGGAGGUAGAGUGGGGCGGGGGGGGGGGGGGGGCUCAAAUCCUGGCUGUGUAUGCAAACUAGGCUACAUCUGUUUGCUUUGAGUGAGAAGCCAGGAAAAGAAACCACUUGAGUAUUUUUGUUUUUCUCUCAGUUUGUCCUGAAUAUGAUUGUUGCUGUCCAUGUUCUUCUUAGAUUUCACACAGCCAAAGAGACUUUGGUGGCUGAAGCCAUAAGUAGACUGGUAAAAGAAGAAGAAGGGUGGAUUAGGAGGGGCCCUCCUAUACUGGGGGAGUGGCCUGACUUUGUUAUGGAACCCUGUAGAUCCAUCACCUGAAUUCUAUUGUCAUUUGUUUCCAGUUUAGUUUUCACAUGACUACUUGCUCUCUGUAGGAACCUAAUACCGCAUAUUGUACAUAGAUCAGUGAGUAACGUGAAGUUUCCCAUUAAUAUGAUGUCCAUAUGAGGGGUGGUCUUUAUUCCUUACUCAUGAAUUCUAAUUCACAUUGGAAGUGGAGGAAGCCUUGGGGUCAAGUGCCCAGUGGUAGUGAUCUAUCUAAAUGACUUGCACUGAAAUCUGUACAUCAAGAUGCUGCUUUCGCAUCAUGUAACAAUUGUAUGAUUGUAGUAUACCGCAAUAAUUGUUUUUUUUGGGGGGGGGGGGUUUGUUUUUAAAUUAUUUCCAAAACUCUCCUCAAAAGGAGAUUUUCCCCCUUGUGUACUUUUUGCUUACUGUAAAUAAUAAAAUUGCCGUAGUUAAAACCAAUAACAUUCUAAAGUCUGUAGCUUUUGUUUGUAGCUACUGUUUCAAAAACAAACAUGCAGAUAGACCAUGUAAAAACGUUGAACAAAGGCGGACAAGCGCAUGUGUUUUAUCAAGGCUAUUUCUGAACUUCUGUAUAGGAAGGGCUGGGUUCUGGGGAGCAGGGUGAAGUGGUGGCCUGUACAAUGGCAGCAAUGUUAUGUCUUUUUUAACCUUAUUAUGCAUCUGCAAAUAAAGUUUUGAGUUCA